AUGUGGAGAUUAAAGAUAGGAGAAGGUGGGAAUGAUCCUUAUCUGUUCAGCACAAACAACUUCGUGGGAAGACAAACAUGGGAGUUUGUUCCUGAUGCAGGGAGUCCUGAGGAGCAUGCUCAAGUUGAAGCUGCACGUCAUAACUUCUUCAACAAUCGCUUCCAUGUCAAAGCUUGUUCUGACCUUCUAUGGCGCUUUCAAGUGCUAAGAGAAAAGAAGUUCCAACAAAAAAUAAGCAAGGUAAAGAUAGAGGAGGGAGAGGAGGUUACGUACGAGAAAACAACAGCUGCAUUAAAGAGGGCCACCCUCUACCUAGCUGCAUUGCAGACCAGUGAUGGCCAUUGGCCUGCUCAAAAUGCCGGAAUACUUUACUGUCUUCCUCCUUUGGUAUUUUGUAUGUACAUUACAGGGCAUCUUGACUCGAUAUUCUCAAAAGAGCAUCGCAAAGAGAUGUUUCGUUACAUAUACUGUCACCAGAACGAAGAUGGAGGGUGGGGAUCUCACAUAGAAGGACAUAGCACCAUGUUUGGCACUACAUUCAACUACAUAUGUAUGCGCAUUCUUGGAGAAGGGCCUAAUGGAGGUCAAGACAAUGCUUGUGCUAGAGCACGCAAGUGGAUUCAUGAUCAUGGUGGCGCGACAUAUACACCUUCCUGGGGGAAAACUUGGCUUUCGGUACUAGGAUUAUUGGAAUGGAGUGGAGUCAAUCCAUUGCCUCCCGAGUUUUGGGGUUUUCCUUCCUUUCUUCCUAUGCAUCCAGACAAAAUGUGGGUCUAUAGUCGAUUGACUUACAUGCCUAUGUCCUACUUAUAUGGGAAGAGAUUUGUGGGUGCAAUCACACCACUCAUUCUUCAACUGAGAGAUGAACUCUAUACUCAACCUUAUCAUAAAAUUAAUUGGAAGAAAACACGUCACUUAUGUGCAAAGGAAGAUCUCUAUUAUCCUCAUCACUUUUUGCAAGAUAUCUUGUGGGAUAGUGUAUACAUGUUUGGAGAGCCACUUCUUACACGUUGGCCUUUGAACAAGUUAAUAAGAGAAAGGGCUCUUCAAAUGACAAUGGAGCGUAUCCAAUAUGAAGAUGAGAAUGGUCGAUAUCUAGACAAUGCAUGUUUUGGAAAGACUUUAUCUAUGCUUACUCGUUGGGUGGAAGAUCCAAAUGGAGAUGGUUUUAAGAAGCAUCUUGCAAGGAUACCAGAUUAUUUAUGGCUUUCAGAGGAUGGAAUGACCAUGCAGGCUGUUGGUAGCCAAUCAUGGGAUACUGCAUUGAUAGUUCAAGCUUUAUUGGCCACAAAUCUUAAGGAUGAAAUUGCUCCUACACUUCUUAAAGGACAUGAUUUCAUCAAGAAAUCUCAGGUUAAGGACAACCCUUCAGGAGAUUUUAAAAGUAUGUCACGUCAUAUUUCUAAAGGAUCAUGGACCUUCUCUAAUCAGGACAAUGGAUGGCAAGUUUCUGAUUGUACUGCAGUGAAUUUGACGUGUUGCCUAUUGUUAUCAAUGUUACCAUCAGAGCUAGUUGGUGAAAAGAUGGAUGCUGAAAGGUUAUUUGAUUCAAUCAAUAUUAUUUUGUCACUUCAGAGUAAAAAUGGUGGCUUCUCAGGGUGGGAGCCAGCAGGAGCUCCAGAAUGGUUGGAGAUACUAAAUCCCUCAGAAUCUUACGAGGAUAUUGUGGUUGAACAUGAAUAUGUUGAAAUUACUGGAUCAGCAAUUGAGGCAUUAGUUUUGUUUAAGAAACUCUAUCCAGAGCACAGGAAGAAUGAAAUAGAGAGUUCUAUUGUAAAUGCAGUUAAAUUCAUUGAGGAUACACAAACUAGCAGUGGGUCAUGGUAUGGAAAUUGGGGUGUUUGCUUCAUUUAUGGGACCUAUUUUGCUCUUGCUGGGCUCGCUGCAGCUGGAAAGAAUUUCUCCAAUUGCAGUGCCAUUCGCAAAGCAGUAAACUUUUUACUCACUACACAAAGAGAGAAUGGUGGUUGGGGUGAAAGCUAUCUAUCAUGCCCAAAAAAGAGAUACAUACCCCUUGAAGGAAACCAGUCAAAUGUUGUUCAGACAGCAUGGGCAUUGAUGGGUCUAAUUCAUUCAGGCCAGGAGGAAAGGGACCCGACUCCACUUCAUCAUGCAGCAAAGUUUAUCAUUAAUUCGCAACUUGAAGAUGGUGAUUGGCCUCAACAGGAAAGCACUGGAGUGUUCUUUAGGAACGGCAUUUUGCAUUAUCCAAUGUACAGAAACAUUUUUCCCAUGUGGGCUCUAGCUGAAUAUGGCAAGCGAGUUGGAUUACCUUCACUUAAAGCCUAAUUACAUGAAAAGCAAUAAGCAUUUGGAAAACAUUACAGGAUAAUGGGGUUUUGUUGGUUGUAACUUGUAAUGAGUGUUUUUUGGCUGGGUUUUUGUUCAGGUUUGUUGGGGUUUGUUUGUCUUGUCCCGGUUUCUAUAGAUCUUUAUGAUCUAUUUGUGUUGGCCGGUUUGUAUUCACUGCUUGACAGUGUUGCUCCCUAUUCUCAUAAUUUAAU